AUGGGUGUUAAGGGAUUGACAGCCCUCCUCCAGCGACUGGCCCCUGACGCCGUCAGGACCCAGCAUAUCUCUCACUACAAAGGAAAAUCUCUCGCUAUCGACGUCUCUUGUUUCCUCAACCGCUUCAACCCUCACCCAGCACGGGUCCAACGCAACCUAUACCGUCUCUGCACCUAUUUCCACCUACACGACAUCCAGCCCAUCUUUGUCUUUGACGGGCCUGACAGGAUUGUCGAGAAGGAGCAAGAAGGGUUUAGGAGGGAGGCAAUGAAAGAGAGGGUGAAGAAAUCGUUUAGGUUGGAGAAGAUUCGAAAGACGCGGUUGAAGGGGUUGAAAGGGUCGGCGCAGAUUCUGAAGGAUUUCUCGACGGAGGAGUUUGUUUCCAUGUUGGAGGAUAUGCGGAAGCAGGAUGGCGGUGAUGGACGUGAUUCGAUCACACAAGUAGUAUCUGUCGUGCUUGAUGCUGACGAUGAAGGAACCAUCGCUGGCCGCAAGGACAAAGAGCUCGCGCCUACAGUAGUCCUACCGAAAGAGCCAUCAGUAACCCCACCAGAUCCAGAAACUAUGACACCGAAACCAACGACACCUACACCACCAAAGCGCUCAGCACCAAUAACCAAAGCACCAACAGAAUCAUCGGGCGACAACAACAAAGGAUUUUCUCCGCAGCAAGAACUACAUCUCGCAAAAAUCUACGACCUGAUGGAGGAGGAUCUCAUCGGGAUGGACGAAGAAUCAUUCUGGACAAUACCCCCACUCCCCGAUGAAUUCUACCGACAACUGGAACAAGACCACGCCCAACUCUUGACAGCAUAUGGCGGCGACCCGUUCACCAACAACACAUCCAUUACUGGGGCGGACGAACGACAACUUGUAGGGAUCCUUGGAGGCUCAUAUGAAAGGGAUUUUGAAGGGUUUGACGUGUUUGAGCGAGAGUUGGAUACGUUGGAUCGUUUGGAACUGGAUGUCGACACACUUGACGGGAUGGAUGUCAUUUAUGACCUCUCAGAUCAGGCAACGGAACCUACUGGCGACAAUGAUGGUGCGUGGCAGUCACCUCCGUUGGUGCUCAAGACAGGAACCAGUAUACAUAAUCUCUUCUCGUCUACCGACCGCCCUCCUACCUCCCUUCCUGAGGCACCCAGUCCAGAGGAGGAGGAGUCUGCGGCCACGAAGAAACGCGUUCAAACGGCGCUGGAAGAGUAUAUUCGGUCGUCUGAGAAGAGUUAUGAGGAUGCUGAGGUAGAGGAGUUGGCAACCACCUCAACGAGAAAGCAGCGGGCCUUGGAUGCCUUGGAACAGAAACUGGUGCAGGAAAUCAAGGAGUGGACUGGCAUCGACCCACAACUGGAUCCCGUCGCGGAGGUCGAGGAGAUCACGACAUCUGACUCAGACGUGGCUUUGCUGCCGCAAAUAAUUUCAUCCGCAGUGUUGGAACCAGCAAAAGAGGGCGAAGAUCCAUUACAACAGGAGGCCACGCCUACUAGGACGACAAAAGUCGAGGAAUUGGUCCCGGAGAUGGCACCUGUAGUCGAAACGGAACCCGUUUGGUCAGUGGAAUCUGAACCAAGCGACACAUCAAGCGCCUUGAGAGAGGAAGACGCAAUACUCAUGAAAGACACCGACAACACUACCGAAAUACUACCAACAGCAGCUGAAGAACAAGACCAGGACGUAAAAUCAAUGAUCCACAGCGUCCUCUCAGCCCACCGCCAAAUUUUCACAACCCUCGAGCGCCGAACCCUCCGCGUCACCCGGUCACUAGUUCUCUCCUGCCAACGCCUCCUCGUCGCCAUGGGCGAGCCCGUCAUCGAGGCAAAAGAUGCAGAAGCCGAGGCUGUCUGCGCACAGUUGACGACUCUAGGAUUAACAGACGCGUCAGUGAGCGAGGAUACGGAUACGGCGGUAUUUGGGAACGGGCUGUUGUUGCGCCAAGUGGGUGCGAGUGGGGAUCGGGGUAUUAUUGAGAUUGAUCCUGUUGUGGCAAGGGAGCAGUUGGGGUUGAGCAGGGACGCGUUCCGGGAUCUGUGUAUCCUCUGCGGUACUGACUUUUCUGGCACCAUGGAAGGCAUUGGCCCAAAAAGAGCCGCAAAGUUGAUCCAAUACUACGGAAGUAUCGAGUCCGUCAUGGCCAACAGCGGGUACAAGCCUCGGCCAGAUUUCUUCUACGACCGUGCCCGUCGCGUGUUUGAUCGGACACCUGCAGUGCCCCUCGAUCCAGCAGUUUACAAAUCUAAGCCCGAGGUCCAGCCAUUGUUGCUGGAGCUACUGCUGAAGUACGAUAUCAACCCUGAAGAGAUCAAACAGGAUCUAUUGAACGGGCCCAAGGCCGAGGAAGGGGUGCCUGCAUUUGGUCAAGAUGCAUGCUCGCAGGCUUCGAGAGCUUUCGGCGGUAGUAAUGGUAUGGGGAUCGAUCCUUUCAGUGCGACAGUCAUCAGCAUCCCCUCCUUUGCAUCCAAACCAGGUUCCUCCCCUCUUUCACAAUAA